AUGGCUCCCCGGAAACGCGGCGGCAGUGGCCGUGGUGGCCUCUCCUUCAUCUUCUGCUGUUUUAACAGCAGCGAUCACCCGGAGAUCACCUACAGGCUGCGAGAGGACUUCGCCCUGCAGGCCAUGGAGCCGUCACUGCCGAUGCCAGGAUAUGAUGAGCUGGACGGCAUGUUCUCCGAGUUGGUGGAUGAGCUUGACCUCACAGAAAAACACAGGGAAGCCAUGUUCGCCCUGCCUGCAGAGAAGAAAUGGCAGAUCUACUGCAGCAAGAAGAAGGAACAAGAAGAAAACAAAAGUGCAACUAGUUGGCCAGAAUACUACAUUGAUCAGCUCAAUUCAAUGGCAGCUAGAAAGACACUCCUCGCUCUGGAGAAAGAAGACGAGGAAGAGAGGAACAAAACCAUAGAGAGCUUAAAGACUGCUCUGAGGACACAACCAAUGAGGUUUGUGACUCGCUUCAUUGACCUGGACGGCCUCACAUGCAUCCUAAACUUCCUGAAGAGCAUGGACUACGAGACCACAGAAUCACAGAUCCACACGUCUCUCAUCGGCUGCAUCAAAGCUCUGAUGAACAACUCGCAGGGCCGCGCCCAUGUCCUCUCGCACUCAGAGAGCAUCAACAUCAUCGCACAGAGCCUGGCCACGGAGAACAUCAAGACCAAGGUGGCCGUGUUGGAGAUCAUGGGCGCUGUGUGUCUGGUGCCCGGCGGCCACAAAAAAAUCCUUGAAGCCAUGCUACACUACCAACGCUUCGCCUGCGAGAGGACGCGAUUCCAGACUCUUAUAAACGAUCUGGACCGGAGUACGGGGCGAUACAGAGAUGAGGUCAACCUGAAAACAGCCAUCAUGUCCUUUAUAAACGCUGUGCUGAGUCAAGGCGCCGGAGAGACAAGUUUGGAGUUCCGCAUCCACCUACGAUAUGAGUUUCUCAUGUUGGGGAUCCAACCUGUGAUCGAUAAGCUACGUUCUCAUGAAAACUCCACAUUAGACAGGCAUUUAGACUACUUUGAGAUGCUGCGGAAUGAGGAUGAGCUGGCUUUGUCAAAACGUUUUGAGUCGGUACAUAUAGACACCAAAAGUGCCACCCAAGUUUUUGAUCUCAUCCGCAAGAAGAUGAACCACACUGACGCAUACCCGCACUUUAUGUCUGUCCUGCAUCACUGCCUCCUCAUGCCACAUAAGAGGAGCGGUAACACGGUGCAGUACUGGCUGCUGUUGGAUCGUAUCGUCCAGCAGAUGGUCUUGCAGAAUGACAAAGGACACGACCCCGAUGUCACACCACUGGAGAAUUUUAACGUGAAGAACGUUGUCCGGAUGCUGGUCAAUGAAAAUGAGGUCAAACAGUGGAAAGAGCAGGCGGAAAAAAUGAGAAAAGAGCAUCACGAGUUGCAGCAGAAGUUCGAGAAGAAGGAGCGUGAAUGCGAUGCAAAGACUCAGGAGAAAGAGGACAUGAUGCAGACGCUCAACAAGAUGAAAGAGAAGCUGGAAAAGGAGAGCACCGAGCACAAGAAUGUCAAACAGCAAGUGGCCGAACUCACCGCCCGACUGCACGAACUCAGCACCAGACAGGCAGCUGUUGUUCCUGGAGGCCCUCCCCUCGCCCCCGGUCCUCCUGGUGGUCCCUUGCCUCCUCCACCCAUGCCAGCUUUUGCAGGUAUGGGUCCACCUCCUCCACCGCCUCCUCCAGGAGGCAUGAUGCCUCCCCCACCUCCUCCACCCCCUCCUCCAGGUGGACCGCCACCUCCUCCUGGACGCCCGCCCAUCGGAGGUAUCCCUCCUCCGCCGGGAGCACCUCUAGGACCAUCCCUGAAGAGGAAGAACAUUCCCCAGCCAGCCAAUCCGCUCAAAUCCUUCAACUGGGCCAAGUUGGCUGAGAAUAAAUUGGAGGGCACUGUGUGGAUGGAUGUGGACGAGACCAAGGUGUUCAAAAUCCUGGAUCUGGACGACAUUGAAAAGACCUUCUCAGCCUAUCAGAGACAGCAGGACUUCUUUAUGAUCAAUAACAGCAAACAGAAAGAGGCAGAGGACGACACGCUGAGCUCUAAAAAGGUCAAAGAGCUGUCAGUCAUUGACGGCCGUCGAGCUCAAAACUGCAACAUCCUCCUCUCGCGGCUGAAGCUUUCAAAUGAGGAGAUGAAGAGAGCUAUUCUAACCAUGGACGAACAGGAGGACCUUCCCAAAGACAUGCUGGAGCAGCUGCUGAAGUUUGUUCCAGAGAAGAGCGAUGUGGAUCUUUUGGAGGAGCACAAACAUGAGCUGGACCGAAUGGCAAAACCCGACCGCUUCCUCUAUGAGAUGAGCAGAAUAAACCAUUACCAGCAGAGGCUGCAGUCUUUAUACUUCAAAAAGAAGUUUGCGGAGAGGAUAGCGGAGAUGAAACCCAAAGUUGAAGCUCUGACGAGGGCAUCGAAGGAGAUCUUACACAGCAGGAACCUGAAGCAGCUCUUGGAGGUGGUGCUGGCCUUUGGAAACUUUAUGAACAAGGGUCAGAGGGGGAAUGCUUACGGCUUCAAGGUGUCUUCGCUCAACAAGAUCGCUGAUACCAAAUCCAGUAUCGACAAAAACAUCACUCUCCUGCACUACCUGAUCACCAUCCUGGAGAAGAAGUACCCCAAAGUCCUGAUGUUCCAGGAGGACCUGAAGAGUAUCUCAGAGGCAGCCAAAGUCAACAUGACCGAGCUGGAAAAAGAUAUCGGCAACCUGCGCAGCGGCUUGAAAAGUGUGGAGAGCGAGCUGGAAUUCCAGAAGAAGCGACCGCAGGAGGUGGGCGACAAGUUCGUGUCGGUGGUGAGUCAGUUCAUCACCGUGGCCAGCUUCAGCUUCUCCGAUGUGGAGGACUCGCUCACUGAGGCCAAAGAACUGUUCCUGAAGGCAGUAAAGCACUUCGGCGAGGAUGCCAGUAAGAUGCAGCCAGAUGAGUUCUUUGGCAUCUUUGACCAGUUCGUGCAGUCGUUUGCUGAGGCGCAGCAGGAGAACGAGAACAUGCGGAAACGUAAAGAGGAAGAGGAGCGCAGGGCCAAAAUGGAAGCUCAGCUGAAGGAGCAGAGGGAGAAGGAGCGUAAGGCACGCAAAGCGAAGGCUAACGGUGAAGACGACGGCGGUGAGUUCGAUGACUUGGUGUCAGCGCUGCGAUCGGGCGAGGUCUUCGACAAGGACUUGUCCAAGAUGAAACGCAACCGCAAACGCAUCAACAGCCAAACUUCGGACUCGGGCAGAGAGCGACCGGUCACAAAGCUAAACUUCUAAGCAGCGUUGAGGUCAUCAUCCUUACAACCUUCCCUCAUCAUUAGUUUCCCUCUGGGUCGAACUGACAUGCACAUUCCUCUUCACCCUCCUCCAUUCCCACCCAGCUCGGCUUCAUCGCUGCAGAGCCACACACACACAGCACAACAUGUUGUAGAGCUUUCAUCCUCUUGAGAUUUUCAUGUUUAAACGGAGCAGAAGCCAAAAGUUGUUAUUGACGACCAAAUGAGAUCCUGGAGGGUCGGUCUGGUCGAAUGUUUUAAGAAGUCGUCGUGCGGGAGCAGAAUGUUUCCUUCCAGGUGUAAGAGAUGCUCACGGUUGUUUGACAGUGACCAUUCUGUGCUGUUUUUGUACGUCAGAAUCUAUGCACAGUGUGAAAUGUGCAGCUAGUGGACUCCUUCAGGGCUUGACGCCUGAUCCAAACAGGAAGAUGAUUCCAUUAAAAAAAACAAAAAACACAAGGGGCCAUUUUGUACGGACUGAGGGGCUGCUCUCACACAGAAAGACUGAAUCUCUUGACGUCGCCGUUCUUUUGCAGUCAGAACCAUCACAGGACAGAGACUUGUUUUGACUGCAAGCGACACAGCUGAGAAGCAGAGGCCUCUUUUCUAUUCAUCUUUAUUGACGUGCAACAUUUAUAUAUCUGAUCACUGUAUGUUUUAUUAUUAUUUUUUUCCUGUUAAGAGCUGGCCUUAACUCUGUUGAUUUUAAUUGUUGAGUGGGUACUCUCAAAGGCCUGGGCCUAAUCUGCAAUUUCUCAACAAGUGUGGACACUCGCGUCAUAGAUUACAUAUAUCUAUAUAUAAGGUUGCGUGCUUGUUACACAUGCACAUAUAAAUUCAUAAUUACUAUGCUAAAUGACAUUAAAAAACAUACCCAAUCGAUGCAAUACACUCGUCCCCCUCUGAAGGGAGUGCCCUCCUUUUAAGUUUUUAUUGAAAAGAUGAAAUAUGUUUCCUGUGCGCCGGAUGGAUUCACACCGUGAAGAAAAGAAAACUGAUUUUAAACUGUGCGUGACGCACGCGUGAUGUUUUUAUUCACCUAGAAAACAUCACGUGGACGUAAAAACCUUUGAUCUUAAUUUGUCCCCUCAGCUGUGUGAAUCCAUCCAGUGUCAAACUCCUCCAUUUGACUUUUAUAAUUUAAAUAUUGCCUUCCAUUGUACAAUGAUGUACCUGAUGAUAAUAAAUGGGAGAAAACAG